AUGAUAAAAAAAAAAAAUCCAGCUAUUUUACCAAGAUCAUCACGCUUAAGUACGCUACUAAUAGAACAUUCGCAUCAGAAAACAUUCCACGGGGGAACUCAAUUGACUCUCGCUGAUCUACGGAGAUCUGUCUGGAUAGAAGGUGGGCGUGUUCCAGUCAGGCCUCACAUUCUUCGCUGCGUCGUGUGCACGAGACAUAGAGGUGUUCGUGCACAACAAUUAAUGGGACAAUUGCCAUCCGCUCGUGUAAGACCAUCUAAAGCAUUCUUACACACUGGGAUAGACUACGCUGGGCCAGUAACACUGAAGACAUUUCAAGGUCGAGGUGCGAAAACUUAUAAAGGUUGGAUCGCUGUAUUUGUAUGUCUCGCUACGUCCGCUAUACACAUUGAAAUUGUCACCGAUUACUUAACUGACGCUUUCGUCGCAGCAUUUCGAAGAUUUACUAGUCGGAGAGGCGCCUGCAGUACCCUAUACUCGGACUGUGGUACAAAUUUUGUAGGAACAGACGCCACGCUAAGAAAAGAAUUCGCAGCAGGAUCGAGACAGCUAAGGGAACUUCAGUAUUUACUCGCUACUGAUGGCACAGACUGGAAGUUCAACCCGCCAAGCGCUCCUCAUUUUGGUGGCAAAUGGGAAGCAGCCGUUAAGUCAAUCAAGUUCCAUCUUAUUCGAACUAUUGGUGAAUCGCUAUUGACUUACGACCAACUCGCUACAGUGCUAACACAGAUUGAAGCUGUGCUCAAUUCAAGACCGAUCGCUCCGCUAUCCGAAGAUCCUGCAGAUUUAACCGCUUUGACUCCCGGACACUUUCUAAUUGGUGAACCGCUAAUCGCUGUACCUGGACCUUUACUACUGGAGAACAAUACCGCUAUGUUGUCACGCUGGCAACAACUACAACAAAUGUUCCAGAAAUAUGCUUUUGCUUGA